AUGAGUGACUCUGCUUCUGAGCCAGAACCACAGACUCCUGCUUCUACUGCACCUACAAAAGGAAAGGCAAAAACAGCUAAAGAGGAACAAAGAAGCAAGCAGAAAGAAGAAACUGGUAAACCUUCUAGCAAAAAGGCUAAAACUGGCAAAAAGCCUACUGCAGAAUCUAGUACUACUACUGCAUUUGAGUUAGCUCCUGGCCCUAUUGUUCCCUUAACACCUGAAACUGCAAUGGCUGCUAAAAUCCUUCAAACCUUGAGUGAUAAACCUAUCAAGCCAAAAAGGGUGAAGAUGGCUGCUCCGAGACAAAUCAGAAGAAGCUCUAGUUACUUCCCAUCUGAAAGAUUGUUUACCUCAUUUUUUUUUUGCUUCUGUCUUUCUCUGUCGGUACCAUGUAGGUCUCCCUCACAAGGCCACAACCCACUCACCUCCCCCUUUUCUUCAUUCACCAACUGCUUGCUUCUCUCUUAUUAUUAUCUAUCUCCUUUACUACCGCUCAGUACUGUUCUCUCUCCCUUUUUUCAUCUUUCUUUUUAUAACUUUGCCUUCUCUCUUUGUUUUUCCAGGAGACCUGAGAGGAACCCAUUAGACCUCAACAACUUGCCUGACGAUUAUACUAGAGAUGGUAAACAAGUCUUUGAUGGCAGCUCUUCCUCUGGCUAUAGGAAAAAGAAAAGCGGCGCCAAGGAUGGAAAAGAUGAGUGCGGUAAAGUCUACGAGUGCAGGUUUUGCUCCCUCAAGUUCUGCAAAUCUCAAGCUCUUGGAGGGCACAUGAACCGACACAGACAAGAGAGAGAGACAGAAACUCUGAACCGUGCUCGGCAGCUGGUCUUCAGCAGCGAUAGCCUAGCCGCCCAAGGAGGUCACCUAAGCUGCCAUCCCAUGGCUCCAGGAAGUUAUCCAUUAGGCGUUGGAGAUCCGUACAGAUCAGUGUACCCAACGAGACUAUUCUCUGGAUCUUCUUCAGCUCUCUUACCUCCAGCACCACCACCACAACCACCUCAUCAACCAUAUCUAUACACAUCUCCUUCUCGCCUCCCUCCCUAUCCCUCACAAUACUCUCAUCAACAACCCAUUAACGAUUACUAUAUUGGCCAUGUCCUUAAUAACAACAGUUCACAAGCAUACCAAAGCAUGACCUACGUAGGUGCUCAAGAAUCCAAUUACACUUGCAUUGGUGCACCGGUAGGACAUGGUGCGUUCGGUGCUGGUUCGAGCCGUGGAUCGGUGGGAAGUGGUAGAGACGGGUCACUGAGCAAUCAGGAGGAAGGGUUGAAUAGGGGAAGAGGCUAUGCAGCAGGAGGAGCUGGAUCACAGCAGCGUUUGGAUCCUCCUUCAUCGAUCAAUCGGUUUCAAGAUGGGUUUUAAAGGGUUGUGUUAUUAAUUUAUUUUCUUUUUCAAUGUGGGAUUGAUAGUUAUGAAUGAAGUAUUUAUCUGCUUUGACACAGCAAGCAGAGAGAAAGGAGAGGGACCUAACAACUGACAAAUGGGGUCAUGCAAGGAAAGAGAGAAGUUUUUGGUUUAUGUACAGUGAUUGGGGCAGCUUUCUGUGGUCAUUUACACUCUCAGCAAGUUUGGCUUGGAGCAAUAGGGAUCGGAGGGGGCUUAUGUUGGUGUUGGUGUAAUUGUACUAUCCAACUUUGAAAGGAAGGGGAAUAGAGCUUGUGAGUGGGACAAGGAGUUAGAUUUGAACUGAAAGUUGCCAAUCCCUUUUGGCAUUUGGAGUUUGUUUUGCAUGGCAAUGUAUUUUUUUAAUUACUUUCUUUAUAGUAUAUUUUUUGCGCUGUCUAGUGCUCUCUUUUGCCUUCAAUGUUAUCUCAUAACCAAAGGAAGAUAGCCAACAUCUUCUUUUCCCUUCCCGUUCCCUUUAUAUCUCUCUCUCUCUCCCUUUCUCUCUCUCUCUCUCUCUCUCUCUGAAACUCACACAUUCGCAAAAAGAAACCGAAAUUGGAAUCUUUUUUUUCUUGAAACAUUUACUGUUAGGCCAAAUGUCCAUGGUUUAUGGUGAAUCUCUUUCACCGAAGAAUUUCACACAACAUGAUUCAAUGACCCAGAAAGAAGUUGGGAAUUUCAUUCAACACUUUUCUGCUGAGAUGUUUCUUGACGAGCUUGAUAUAAUCACAAUCUGAAUGUGUCAAGAAAAGUCCGCAAGAGUAGUGGAUCUCUUCCUUUUGUCCUUGUAACUUGUUUUUUUAUCCUAUUCCUGUUUUACUAGCAACAUUUAUUAAUUGAUACAUGUUGCAUCGAUCAAAUACAAUUAUGUUAUGAACUCUUCA